AUGGAUACCAGCAUCGAAGAGACCAAAGAAGUGCAAACCUUUACACUACGCAAGAUUGGGCAAGGUUUUUGCGGUACAGUCUGGGCUGCAUCAACAGGGCCCGCAUUCAAAAGGGAAGAUGGCGGGCCUGCCCGGUCUUUGAGAAACGACUUUGAAAUGCACCGGCGAGUGCUCCAAAGCUUUCAUAUUUCGACCCAUUUACGCCUUCAAAUCCAAAUACCAGCCUGCUAUGACUUUGUUCAGUCAACCGACUAUACAUGGUGGUCGGUGAAUCAGCGAAAAUUCCCAGCAGGGUACACGCCAUGCAAUAUCAUCCUCUCCGAACGCAUUCCGCCCUUCCCUGACAUUACAAGACGACUCCUCAUUAGCAACUACUGCCCACCAAAGAUAACACGACAAAUCCUCAACAGCGAGCCCGACAGAGACUGCCUCAUCAGGCCAUACCUAGGCCGAACACGAACACGAAAGUCUCAUACUACCUCGAAAUUCACCGCGUUCUCUUUACGGAAUUUCCCACUCCAUCUGGAUCAAAUGGAGUCACUCGGCGUCACCACAAGCGAAAUAAAUCAGUACGCAAGAGUGAUGGCCGAAACUCUCGCAAUGAUGCAUUGGAUCAGCAAAAUUGAUGGAAACGAUAUCGAGUUUGUUCUGGCGCCUCCGAGCGAGAGUGGUUUCAAAAUGAAGUCUACUAUUUUUGGAGAGCAUUCAAUGUGGGUGUUGGAUUUUGAUUUAUGCAGGAGGAUGACAAUGGACUCAGAAGGAGUAGUACAAGCUGCUGCUGCAUUUUGGCGCAAUGAUCCCUACUAUCCCCGGCCAGAAAAAACCCCUUCACUCUGGAGUGUGUUCCGAGACCGCUACAUCCAGGUUAGUGAAGCCUGCAAUUCUGACACCAUUGAUCCUCAAUUCUACCUCUCGUAUGAGUCUUCUCAACCUUUGCUUGAGGCUGUUUCGAAACUGACCGCCCUGGAACUAGAGCCCACCAUGGCUAGUCGACGAGAAGCCCAGCAAAGCGACAACACGAUGGACUCGUGGACUAGCUCUCUCGUCUUGGAUAUGGAACAAAACCUUCAGCUCGAGGAAAAGUUGAGCAAGGAUGCUGAGACCCCUCAAGAACUCCUUCAUCGCCUCCUUUCAACCAAGUCCGCCUUAUCAACUGCCUCAUCAUUUGCUCUGAGUCGACAAGCAGCUAUUGGAACUAGGGCGGCAUUUAGAGAAAUUGGAACUGGCUCAAUCGGCAAAGUUUUUGAGCAGCCAGGAACCCCGUGGGCGUUUAAAAUGUUGCUUGUUGACCGCCACGCAAAGCUAUGGAACAACUACAUUAUGCACCUCCUCAUCCAGCAAAGCUUCGACGCACUGGGCGAAACGGCGAGUCUUGUUGAUGUACCUCGAGUAUCAUGGUUUGCGAACAAAGAUUCAAGCUUUUGGGAUGACAGCCUGGAUUUAUUUCCUAGUGAAUCGACAGUUCCGCGGGGACCACGGGAGAUCUUAUGCAUGGAGCGAGUCUUCCCUCUGCCUGAAAUGAUAAGGCAUGCUCUGAUUGAUGUGUUCUGCAACCCAACAAAUGCUGCGACAGCAAAGGCAGAGCCAAAGAACAAGGACUGUCUCGUGCGAAUCCUCUUGGGACGAAGGCGCUUCGGAUCCUCGCGUCCAGGGGGCAGCAUGUUCUUCUCGCUUAGGAACUAUAAGCUCCAUCUGGAUCAAAUUCAAGAGAUUAAUUUCGAUGCUGAAGCAUAUGCAAGGAGUAUGGCUGAUACUCUUGCAGUUUUGCAUUGGCAUUCUAAAAUUGAUGCUAUGGACGUUGAAUUUGUGUUAGGAAGCACUCCUCUUGAUCGAAAUGCUGCGCGUCGGAUACUGCCCCUCAAAUACGUGGAACAACUCCCUCCUGGCUCCAGCACCUAUGAGCUCGCAACAGCCAAUCAGGAUUACAAGAAGAGGACUAUUAGUCUGUGGCUCCUGGACUUCGACGCCUGUGCCACCAUUACCAUGGAUGAUGCAGGAGUUCGCCGCGCUGUGGAGGCCUUUUUCCAGACCGAUCCUUACUGCCCCCGGCCUAAUUCACGGGAUGAAUAUGCGCAGGACUUAUGGACACUCAGCCCCGAGGAGCUCAGGCUGGUCAGGAGGCCUCAAGAGGCAAGGCGCCUAGGAGAAGACGUGGACAGCGGCAAAAGAGGGGCCACGAGACAUGAGGAGGCAGAGCAGGUAGUAGAGGCAAUUGACAGGGUUGCCUCGUUUGACUAA